AUGAUAGCUGUUAUUCUCGCAUUACUUGUCAGUCUCGCUUGCCGUGUCAAUUGUAACCUUACAGGAUUUUCAGACGCGGCAGCCUCGUCGUAUGUGCCCGCUGCGACGGACUCGAGGGGAUUCAAUUCUGGAGUGGCUUCGGCAAUUAAAUGGAGUCCUGGUACAGAGGGAUUGCACCGAAGAAUCGAAGAAGGAACAGCAUGUGAGCUGGAAUACAAUAAAAGGGAAGGGGAGAUGACUGUGAGAAGAACCAUCCGUGGUCGACAGGAAAAGCAAGAAGCAGUCAUGAUAGCACCUUCACAACCUCGUAUGCAGCGUACGGUGUACAGUGAGGACGAAAUGCGCCGUAUAGCACAGGGAGUGGGUGGUCUGCUGAACGGCAAAAACUCUAACGAUUCUACGGCGGGCGGUUUGGUCCCAACUGAUGAAUCAGAUCAGGGUGUCUUUGGGUAUUGUGGACAGAUCAAGGUCUAUGAUUCAGAAAAUCCUGACCAGCUUCUUUUACAAAAUUGUUCUUGCGAAGCCAGUAAGGCUCUAAAGAUCAGAUGCCACUGCGACGGAUGUUCUUCGCUUUUCUGUGUAAUCUCAGGGGCAAUUGCUGUUUGUUGGAUAUUUGCACCCGCUGGUUGA